UUGGAAUUUAUACGUGAUGGACCUACGUAGAGGUUAUGUAUAUAUUUUCGAUUCUGCUAGAGAUCCACGUCGAACAGAUUAUGCAUGGGGAAUCUUGAGUUUGGCAUACCAAGUGUACAAGUGCAAUGGUGGGCAUUGUCCGAAUAAAACGAGUUUUAAGUCGUGUAAACCCAUUCAUAUAGAGUGUGCUCAACAAAUCGGCGGAACUGAGUGUGGCUAUUACGUUAUGAAGUUCAUGUUAGAGAUAGUCACGUUACAACAUGACUAUGAAGGCCGGCUAGAUGAGGUCUAUACUCCGAGGACUGCGCCUUAUGCUAGUGAGGAAAUUGAUGUGGUUCGUGAGCAAUGGGCGAAGUUUUUUACCACCAAGUAUUUAUUAUUGACCUGAUGGCGCUUGAUCGUGUUGGUUUAGAUGUUAUAGAACAAUCUUUUAUGUUAAAAUGUAUGCGUACGUUGAAAUUGGAACGUAAAUGUAUUUAAAUGUAUCGGUAUGUGCACUUUUGGUUUUGGGAUAUAUACAAAACUCCAGUUGUU